AUGGGUUUGCUCGCUUUGGGGACUCCACUAGUUUGGAACGAGUCGAGAGAAUAUAAUGAUUUUAUUAGGGAAAAGGGUGUCCAGUACAUUCUGAAUGUCUUCAAGAAUGCGGGGGAACGAGAUCAUGAUGAGUUGUACUGGGGUGAUGAAAUCGAGUACAUGUUAAUUGAGUUCAAUGAAUGGUCGAAACAGGCGAAAUUGGACAUUGUCCACGACAACCUUUUAACCGUGUUGAACACUGACACAGCGACUGAUUUGAACGGCGUCUCUGAUGAAAACAUCAACUACUACAGACUGUGUCUCGACAACGACGUCAACUUCCACCCGGAGUACGGUAGAUUCAUGCUGGAAGCCACGCCAUUGAACCCAUACUUGAACCUCAAUGGGAACUAUAACUAUGUGGAAUACAACAUGAAGGUCAGAAGAGAACUCGCUGAGGACAUUAUUUCCAAUUACAAUGAAAAUUCAAAGAGCAUUAAGUACAAACCUCUGACCAUCACUUCUUUCCCACGAUUGGGGACAAACAAUUUUAUUAACGUGGACGAAAAAUUGGUCUGGAACCACAAGAACAAUGCUUCACGUUCACUUUUUUUACCAGAUGAAGUGAUUAAUAGACACAUCAGAUUUCCCACUCUGACCUCGAAUAUAAGGGAAAGACGUGGUGAAAAAGUGGCAAUGAAUAUCCCAAUGUACAAAGAUAUGAACACACCGGACCACGAUGACACAAUCUAUCAAAGAGAUUGGUUUCCAAGAGAAGAUGCAGAGGCAGCUGGAGCUUCAAAGAAGGACCAUAUUUAUAUGGACUCCAUGGGAUUCGGUAUGGGAUGUUCAUGUUUACAAACUACUUACCAGGCACCAAACAUCAAUGCAGCCAGGUACUUAUACGAUUCAUUAGUUAAUUUUGCUCCUAUUUUCUUAGCACUAUCUUCUGCUGCACCAUUUUUCAAAGGUUGGUUAGCCGAUCAAGACGUUAGAUGGAAUGUUAUCUCUGGGGGAACUGACGACAGAACUCCAAGAGAAAGGGACACAGAAUCUGUCUUGCCACAAUAUAACAUUGGUGGACUAGGGAACAUCGCAAAGGACAAAUACAACAAAGUACAAUCGCUCCCAAAAGCUAGGUAUAGUCACGUCGAUUUAUUUUUAGGUGGUAACAAAUUUUUUAAGAGAACUUUUAACGAUACUAAUGUGCCUCUAAACGAAGAUUUGUUAAAAGUGCUGUUGGAAAAUGAUAUUGCACCAAUGGAUUAUGAUAUGGCCAAACAUUUUUCUCAUUUGUAUGUCAGGGACCCACUAGUUAUUUUCGAGGAAAAUAUUAAUGACAAAACCGACGGUUCCUUACAGAAUCAUUUCGAAAAUAUCCAAAGUACAAAUUGGCAAACAUUAAGAUUUAAACCACCAACUCUAGAUGCCACUCCAGAUAAUAAGUCAGUUCCAGGUUGGAGAGUAGAAUUCAGACCUCUGGAAGUACAACUAACAGAUUUCGAAAAUGCAGCAUAUUCAAUUUUUAUUUAUUUACUAGUAGAGUCCAUAUUAAAAUUUUCAGACUCACUAAAUCCAUACUUAUCAAUGAGUAAGAUAUGGCAGAAUAUGGACACUGCUCAUAAGCGUGAUCCAAUAUCUUCUCAAAAAUUCCAUUGGAAAACAACAUUUAAUAAUGCUUUGAAUCCAGAGGGUAAAACUGAAGAAUUAGUCAUUGAUGAGAUUUUCCACAACAAAGAAAAUGGUAUUUUCCAAAUUUACAUCAAUCCAAUUUUAAUAGAUAAGAAAAUAAUAGAAAAAGAUUGGAAGGAACUGAAACAUUCGAGUAAAUACUUAAGAUUAUAUUACUAUCUGAAAUUAAUAUCUGAUAGAGCUAGUAAAAAACUGCCUUCAGUUGCAAAUUACUUAAGAUCCUUUAUAUUAUCUCAUCCAGAGUACCAUCAGGAUUCAAGAAUAUCCGAAAUAAUUAAUUUUGACUUAUUGGAAAUGUGUGAUAGAAUAACCCACUUUGACAACUCAAGGAAUGAAAUGGACUCAUAUUUUGGUAAAGAACUUACUGAAUAUCUUUUAAAUAAUGAUGUAUCAUAUUAA